AUGAUGUUAGGCAAAAUAUAAAUGUAAAUCAAAAGGGCUCGGUCAGAAAAUCUUAAUAGAAAAAAGAAUAUGGAAGGUUCUAAAGUUUUGAUCACUGCACUGGUUCUAAUAAUAUGCGCAGCCCUCCUUCAGCUGUUUGGCUUAGCCUCACCAUACUGGAUUUCUGAUGAAAAUUCAAUAGAUUUAGGAAGUUCUUAUGUACCCACCUACGCUGGUCUGUGGAAGGCAUGUGAUUGCAGUGAUACUGAUGAUUUCCUACAAUCAAUAGACAUGUCAAAACGCCAGUUGCGAACGUCUCAAGCUAUGAGCAUUCUUGGAUUCUUGGCACUCAUGUUUGCUUCAGUAUUGACAGUCAUAAAGUUAUUCUUUCUGAAGGACAGAAAACCGAUACUUUUCGUGGCAAUAGGUUCAGUUUUUAUUGGAGCUGUAUUCAUUAUAGUUUCAGUGCGACAAUUUGCAGAAAAUGUUAAUGAUGAGAGGUUGAACAAGUACAACUUUAGAUUUCACUUUGCUUUUUCCUUCUGCAUUCUUGCGAUGCUAGCAGCACUUGUAUCCGGGGGAGUUAUGUUACUAGAAUUACGAAGGAAAGCAUCACAAGAAACACAAGAAAGACGUCAAGAAGAAGAAAAAUGAAAUAAAAAAAAUCACAAAUUUUGCUUCCUUCAUUUGGAACAUAAAGAUUCAAUGAGUAUUUUUAAAAUGUUAUAUACAUUUUUUAAUGUUGACUCAAAGUAUGCCGCUUUUAU